CUUGCAAAACGUGGAGACUUUGUUGUCUCGUGUAGUCUUCCAUCGACACUUUAGAAUCUAGAAAAUCUUAUCCCAAUUUUGGUCAUCUGGGUUUUUAAUUAUCAUCAUUCCUACUCUUUUGACGCUUUGUUGUCGUUAAAGGUAUUUGAUUCUCAUCUUUGCGCCGAAAAAGAGUAUUCUUCGGAACUUUUGCCAACUCAGUUAUUUUCUGCAAACGAGCUGGGUACGUCGUAAAUAGUUAACGGUUCAUUCAAGGGCAACGAGGAAUAAGAAUGGAAAAUCCACCGAAUCAAACGAUCUACAUAAACAACCUCAACGAGAAGGUCAAGAAGGAGGGUGAGUUUAUCAUACCGAAAUAGCUAGCUACAGUACGUAGUUGUUUGAAACGUUCCUCAGCUGAAUGCACUACACACAAGUAGCGUUAUAUGGCCUUUUUAUUGUUGUCUCUUUCACGUUUAAGUGCACAGCCUCUGAGAGAACUACAGCCAAGGUUUCUUAGUGACAUACGUAUGCGCUUAAAACUAGAAUUACUCAGAAUUUAAGGCUGUGGACAUCUGUGUACUUACUUUUUAAUGCCGGCCUACACUUGAAGCUAUUCGUGUUAUUUACGGUUCAAAACUUAAGAUUCGCUUUCUGUGUUAGUUGAACCUGUUAUUCCAACAUCUUUUAUUUAAAUACGUCAGCAACAAAUUUUAAUUUGAUUUCUACCUUUGGUUUCAUUAUGCUGUCAAAGACUGCUAACACUGACUGAACCCACUCGUCUCCUCAAUCAGCUAGCCGCUUAGACCGCGCAGUCAACGUCCUUCAAAGGGUAGAGGGAUAGAAACGAGACAUUGCUCUGAGAGCAUGCAUGCAUUUUUCUGUUGGAAGAAUAACUAUCAUCCGAAUCACCUGUAUUCUCCUGUGGAAAGAGAAAAGGACUUAAGAGACAAGUCAAACAGCUUUAUGGCUUCCUUAAUGGUAGCCAGAACUAUUUCUCUCUCACCAACAAACUCAUGUUUCACACAACAUCUCCCUUGACUCUGUUAGUGACUUCCACUCAGUUGUCAUAAUGUCAAUCAGCAACAAAAUUCCUUGUAAGAACUACACUCUCCCAGACAAACAGAUGGCAAAAUCAAUAGGAAUUUUUCAACCCAUAUGUAAACAAGAGCUGCAAAUUUGUUAAAAAUUCUGAAUUCUGAGAGCUCUUUUGACCACAUGAAUCGCCGUGCUUGAUCCCCACUUGAGAGUACUUUUUCUACAAUUACUUCACAACUUCGAGAAUUAUCAGAGACCCAAGUUCCCUUUCCAAUACACUACAAUCACUUAAGACGUCCUGUUUGUCUUACAUGGCACCAGGUAUAUUACCAUAUGAUCUAAAUGUCUGUCAUUUGAACAUGAUUGAAUCCUAUAUGUUGUUUACCUUAUUCUGCCAUUUUUCUCUCAUCCUUAGAAUUGAAGAAGUCGCUGUAUGCCAUAUUUUCACAGUUUGGUCCAAUUUUAGACAUUGUAGCACUGAAAACUCUCAAAAUGAGGGGUCAGGCUUUUGUAGUAUUUAGAGACUUGCCGAGCGCCACCAAUGCUCUGCGCUCUAUGCAAGGGUUUCCAUUUUAUGACAAACCAAUGGUAAGUUUUUGUCUUUUAAAGCCUGCAAACUCUUCAGCUGUCUCGGUAUGUAUGUUGUGGUUUGAUCAUAACGAGGCGCUUAUGGUUUUUAACCCAUUAACUUUCAAGAUCUAAUUGCUAAUUCUUUCCUCUUUGUAAUUCUCCCCUACAAACUCUUCAGCUGUCUUGGUAUACAUGUUGUAGUUUGAUCAUAAGAAGGUAGUUAUGCCUUUGAACACUUAAACCUUCAAGAUCUGAUUGUUAAUUUUCCCCUUUAGCUGCUACACAUUUCCUUUUAAAUUUGUUACAAUGGUUUGGUGUAAGAUCAAGAUAACUAUCUGAUAAGUUUGGGUUUUCCCAUUACCUGUUUGCUGGAUUACGCAUGGAUAUUUUAAGGAGAAGUUACAAGUUAAUCACUUCUAGGAGUGAAAGUGGUAAGAGUGCUGACACAAGAGAAGCAUCUAAUAGAAAAAUAAGCCAUUCCUAGCAAACAGUAUUAUGUAUUAAAAUGUCUCCCACAGUGAAGUUGUUAAAAAAAUAAACCCUGGAUUCUCAUUAACGAGAAUUGCUUUUACAUGCUCUCUCUCUCUCUCUCUCUCUCUCUCUCUUUCUUUUUUUUUUUAGACUUACAAAUUUUUUCUUUAGUAAGAAGAAAUUGCUUUUAGGGUUAAAGAUUCAGUGGUUAAUUUCAUGAGCAUCAAAAUAUCUCUCAAAUAAUUAAUAAGAGAAAAUUUGACUGGAAAAUCUUCAUCCAAAAUUUUCUGUAAGUCAAUUCACUGGAAAGGGUUAAUUUUUCAAAUAUCAAAUGUUUGAGCUUUGAAAUUAUAGCUAGUUAAGAACUUUGUGUGUGCCAAGCAAGCAAGUAAUACAAUUUUGAUAAAUUAGGGUUUUUAUUGGUCUACAGAAAAUUUUACCACCACUGAUAUAUUGUUAGUAUGCUAAUGAAAUUUCUUUUUACUUAUCAAUAUGGAAAAAUUACACAGUAUGAAUUUUCUGCCUUUGAUUGGAGUGUGGGAUGUGUUGAUUUUGAACGACUAAAAUUUUUUACUGAUUUGAAGAACAUGUUUCACCUGUUAUUUGUAAGUAUUUUUUGAAAUAUUUCUAAAAAAUAGAGAUGAAGUAUUCUUCAGAGUGCUAUUUUCAGUGUUCAAAGGGCUCAUAAAAGUAAUGAAUUUCUGAUUUCUCCAGUAUAAUUUUUAUGUAAACAAUAUUUAGCAAAGAAAAAAUUGGUUACCUCAAGGCGUUAAACCAACAGUAGUUAACAGCUUUUACAUGUUGUGUAAUGGAAAGGUGAAAUCUAGGAAAGUUUUCUAUCAAAGUAAAGGUGCAAUUUUUAACAAUAGAACUCUCUUCAGAUUAACUGUGUAAAUUUGAUUAAUUGUUUUUGGUCAUGUUGCUUACAUUAGAGAAUACAGUAUGCCAAAAGCAAGUCUGAUGCUGUCGCAAAAAAAGAUGGAACAUUUGUGCAGAGGGAGAAAAAACCCAGAGAGAAGAGAAAGGCUCCAGAACAAGGUAUAGAGUACAUUUGACAACACUCUUUGAAUUCAUCUUUGACGUGAGAGAGCUAAUUUAGCCAGAUCAGCAAAUGGAAAAAACAAAACAUUUGCUAUCUAAUUUUCAGCACUUUUUGUUAUGAUAUGAAAAUGUUUAGCAACAGUAGUGGACAGGAGAAGUUUUCCUAUUUAGUUGUUUGAGAGAUUGGAAGAAAGAUAUUGAGUAGAAUCAGAUGUUUGUGUUUGAGGAAAACCAGGUUUUGAAUGUAUUUAGUAUUUCAAUGAGUGAUAGGCAGUUUAAAAAUAGAUUUUUUUAGAAAUCCCUUAUUAAUCAAGCAUAGCAAUCAACAUACUCUGUGUUUUAUAGCUCUAAUUUUUUUAUUGGUGAAAUGUUUUCACUUUAUUUUGGUGGAAGGGUAUUGAAGAAUUAUGGUCAAGUCGCCAACAGUUCAACUCGCCAACACUAAGAACCGAGUCAUUUGCAUCUAAAGCUUUUUUGGUCAUUGGCAAUGUUCACCUUGCUUUAUUCUCCUUGAGAUCCUCAUAAACUUUGUUGGAAAUAAAAAGAAUUGCUUUUUACUAAAGAUCUUGUCUAGAAAGCCAAGUUUUCUUAAAAAAAUCUGACCAAUUGACAUGCUGAGUCUUUACAGUGUUGUUGUCACAAUAACUUGUUCACAUCUAAAGCUUUUAUGGUCAUUGGCGAAGUUCACCUUGCUUUAUUCACCAUGAGAUCCUUAUAAACUUUGUUGGAAAUAACAAGAAUUGUUUUUUGCUAAAGAUCUUGUCUAGAAGGCCAAGUUUUCUUAAAAAAUCUGACUAAUUGACAUGAUGAGUCUUUAAAGUGUUGUUGUCACACAAUAACUUGUUUGCAUCUGAAGCUUUUAUAGUCAUUGGCGAUGUUUACCUUGCUUGAUUUGCCAUGAGAUCCUUUUAAACUUUGUUGGAAGAAACAAAAUUGUUUUUUCACCAAAGAACUUUUACUUUUCUAUAUGUUUAACUUCUAAUAAGUUGUACUGGAUAGAGGACCAACUCGCCAAUGUCUCUACUCGAUUUUAUACAUUGGUGAGUUGGCGUUGGUGAGUUGAACCAUCGGCAACUUGACUGGAUACUGUAUUGAAAGGCAAAAAUAACUUUGACAUUAAUGGGAAACAAAACUGUUAGCAACAAAUACUGGAUAUCUGCAUAUACAUGUAUGCUGUACAAAAUACAGGGAAUCAAACAUUGUAUUGAACAGUCUGUAAACCAGGGUGAUAUUUCUAUUCCUUAGCUAAGGCCUGUUUCUAAUAAGAAAGUUAUUAAUUGCAACCAUCAACAUGUUUGGGAAUGUUUUUCUUUUUGUGUGACUCUGACAACAGCUAAGCCUGCCAAGCGACAGCCAGCAGCCCAAGCAACUCCAACAGCUGUGGUUCAGCCUUUAGUUGCCCCAGUUGCAGCAAAUGGUAAUACUGUCUUCAGUAAUAUCUUUACAAUGACUGUAUUUUUGGGAAAUCCAGAAGAAAUUUUUACUGAAAUUUGUCUUACUCCCAAGAUGUGGCUUCAUAGUUCAGUCAGUUAUAGCACUUAACUAUUAUCUAGGAGGCACAGGUUUGAAUCCCAUUGAAGUAUGGCUUUUUUUGGAUUUACAGUGUAUGUCAGUCUCUGAGCAACUGCACACUUAACCCUCCCCUAACCCAAUAACAGUCAACUGAAACAAGUCAGGGUUAAAGGUUUCUUUUUGCUGUGUCUUUAUUUACAGCUUGCCUGCAAGGAGCAUUUAUUUACUUGUUCGUGCUAGUAAAUCACUGAAGCAAGUUCUUAUCAUCAGAUGUAAUAUCUUUUGUUUAAUGUGCCUAACUGUCUGUAUAGUAGUUACUAGUCAGGUUUCGAUAGUUUUGAUUGUUAAUACUCUGUUGAUUUUGUUUUGGUUCCACAGCCAUCCCAACUCCAGUGCAGGCUGCUGUGGCAGCACCCGAACAGCCCAACAGUAUUUUGUUCUUGACGAACCUGCCCAUGGAGACAACAGAAAUUAUGUUGUCUAUGUUGUUCAACCAGUACCAUUUCCAGACUAUAGCCUUCUUGAUUAUUAUACAGCCAUUAUUACUUAGCCCUUUACACCUUAAUGUCAGUAUGCAAGCUCUCCAUACUGUUCUCUACACAUUUCCUAUAGUGUUGACAAGGAGAAUUUGUAUAACAAUCAAGAGCUCCUUUAGUUGGUAAUUAUUUCCUUGUAUUCUCUUGAUCUCAAUGUUUGAAUCAGGGGUGAUAUUGUAGGGAGAAAUCAGAUGCCAGUCGCUCUUGGGGGGUUCUUGAUUGUGAAACAAAUUCUCCUUGUCAGCUUCUUAGAAAAUGUAUUGAGAACAGUAUAGAGAAUAUGUAUAUCUAUGUCAGGGUGUGGAAGAUAAAAGGACAUGAAACAUCCAAAUGGUUGGUGAUUCAAUUAAUGGCAUUCACGUAAAUUCAAUUGAAAAGUAUCAGCCUGACAUUAUAUAUUUAUAUCUGUUUAUUUAAAAAGGUCUCCAUUGUUUUCAAAGUUAAACCUUUUAAUGUGGGGGCAAGAGUACCUGUUUCUCUGGCAAUCCCUCUUAAGUUCAGAUUUCUCUUACCUAGCCUGGAUAAACAUAGUUGCCUCUAAAAUUACCAUGGGAACCUUCCUUUAAUUCUCUUGCUGUUUGUGCUAGAGAGGGUGCCAUAAAGUACAUUACAAUUUGGGUUAGCCUGUUGAAGUUUUGAUGAAAAAUUGUUUCAAUGGUUUAAAUGACAGUAUUCUUGCUAUUUUGUGUUUCUUUGUCCGUACUCUUUAUUGUCACAGGUUUCCGGGAUUCAAAGAAGUUCGCUUGGUACCAGGACGUUCAGAUAUUGCUUUUGUAGAGUUUGAGAAUGAAGUGCAAUCUGGAACAGCUAAAGGUGCUUUGCAGGGAUUCAGAAUUACUCCAUCAAAUGCCAUGAGGAUUACCUAUGCUAAGAAGUAAUUGGCAUUAAACUCAGUUCUUUUAACGUAUUCCAUGAGAAUGCCAAUGUAUACAGCCUUUUUAUUGUCAGAAUUUUUUGUUGUCAUUAAACCUGGUUCAACUUGUGUUAGGACAUGUUGUUCGGGUUAAGUGUCACAGUAUGUAUGUGCUUGCUCUUUUAAAUCUGAACUACAUCAUGGUUAAAGAUUGUGACAAAGACUUCUUAAUCCUAUUGUGAAAUUUUAAUCCUGAUCUUUAUUAUAAGCUCAUUACAGUUAGUGGAACAUAAGAGACUUCAUGAAUGAUAAGAGUAAUUAUCUAGUAUUAGUGGCAUUGCACCUUACUGCUGCGAUAGUUAGAUUGUAUUAGCAGCAUUGCACACAGCUGCAUUUUACUUUUUCUGUUCUUAUUCAGAUUGCAGCAUUGCACAUAGCUGCAUUUACUUUUUCUGUUCUUAUUCAGAUUGCAGCAUUGCACAUAGCUGCAUUAUUGUAUGAUAAAUUUGUAUUGUCAUCAUUUCAACAUUUUUCUAUGGAAUUAACCUUGUUUUU